CUCCGAUCGGUACUCGUGUUGCUUUGUGGGCCCGAAUUAGCACCAGGAACUCGAGGGUAAAGAUGCCCGUCCGGUGGUUGAUGAUAUUGAGUUUGGUCCGCGUAGCGCCGGCCAUACAACUUCAAACUUUCGAAGUGCCAUUGCAAGGCGAAGGGGAGUGCGCGUUGAUUUUGAAUGGGCCUGGCAGAAGCAGCCAUUUCGAUUAUUCGUUGAAUUUAUUGCGAGGAUCCUCACAGAAUUACAACGGCCCCAACACUUGCAUCACCUACGACGCCGUCAAUGCGGCCUACUUGGACGCGCGAAAAAGGAUCCGUAUUACCCAACCGCAUGCGGACUGGAAAGCUGAAGAUGUCGCUACUGUAGGUGAAUUACUUCUUGAUAUUUCCUUCACUUUAGCCAGAACUUACGGCCUCAAUUACGAAGAAAUCGAGAAAGGUCUGCCACUAAUCGACACCAGCAAAACGUUAAUAAGAGAAAUAUGCCCGCCGUAUUUAUCAAACGUGGAAUGCAGAGCUGGCAAAUACCGAAGAUUCGACGGUCUCUGCACGAACCUCGAGCACCCGACUUGGGGGGCAACGAAUACUCCAUUCACCAGGUUACUGGGGCCCGUCUACGCGGACGGUCUACAAGCCCCGCGUAUCGGAGUCUCCGGAAGAGACUUACCGCUGUCUCGAGUGGUGUCCAGAACCAUGCACCCGGACGAAGGUUUCCACGACCACGCCGGUACCGUGAUGAUAAUAGCUUGGGGCCAAUUCAUGGACCACGAUUACACCUUGCAAGGAACUCCUUUGGAUCCUGUCGAUAAAAACGAUCCGGAGGAUUGUUGCGGUAGACCGCCGCACCUCAAGCAUCCCUACUGCAACGAAAUCUACAUACCGGAAGACGAUUUCUUCUUUAAGUUGUUCAAAGUGAACUGCAUUAACUUCGUGAGAACCUUCCCAGCCGUUCGACCGGGAUGCAGGCUGGGCUCCAAGGUGCCUUUCAACACCCUCACAGGGAUUAUCGAUGGGAAUACCGUUUACGGAGUGCACGAUCACCAUGCCAGAAAACUCCGCACGGGCCAAGCUGGACUUUUAAGAAUGUACCCGGCGUUCGAGCACUUCGGAUUGAAGGAUCUGCUGCCUUUGAAAUUGGACAUACCGGACGAAGGAUGCACCAGACACAAUAAAUCGAUGUUCUGUUUCGAAGCAGGCGAAAUUCGAGUGAACGAGCAGCUGGUAUUGACUUGCAUGCACACGCUGAUGGCGCGCGAACACAACACCAUCGCCAGGGGAUUGGCCGAAGUCAAUCCGCAUUGGGACGACGAAACUUUGUUCCAGGAAGCCAGGCGUAUCACUAUAGCCAUCAUCCAGCACAUAACUUACAACGAAUUUCUACCCAUUCUGCUCGGCAAAGAUGUCAUGGAGAAGUUCGGAUUGCUAUUACAAAAAGAUGGUUAUUGGGACGGUUACGACCCCAACAUCAACCCUGGUGUUAUCGACGCGUUCGCUUCAGCAGCUUUCAGAUUCGGCCAUUCACUUUUACCAACAGCCGUAGAAAGAUGGAGCAAAGCGCACAAAUUCAUCUCUUCUAAGAGGCUCUCCGACCUCAUCCGAAGACCACACGACCUGUUCAGGGCCGGCAUCUUCGACGAAUACGUCAUGGGUUUGAUGAACCAAGUGGCCCAGGCGAUGGACGAUUCCAUCACCCAGGAGGUGACCAAUCACCUGUUCAAGAAGGUCGGCGCCAGGCACGGAGUGGACUUGGUGAGUUUCAACAUGCAAAGAGGCAGGGAGUUCGGCUUGCCGGGGUACAUGGAGUACAGGAAGUUCUGCGGCCUGCCGUGGUCGGAGAGGUUCGAGGAUUUGUUCGGGGCGAUGCCCAAUGAGACCGUCAGGAAAUACACCUCGUUGUUCGAGCAUCCUUCUGAUGUUGAUUUGUGGUCCGGUGGAGUAUCAGAGAAGCCUUUGCCUGGGAGUAUGUUGGGUCCUACGUUUGCUUGCAUCAUUGCCACGCAGUUCAGUUAUUCCCGUAGAGGGGAUAGAUUUUGGUACGAAUUACCUAAUCAACCGUCUUCGUUUACUCCUGAACAACUUCAAGAGAUUAGGAAAAUGCGUUUGGCUAGGAUUAUUUGCGAUAAUACGGAUUUAAUCGAUACGAUUCAGUUGUAUCCCAUGGUAUUGCCAGAUCAUGAGAUAAAUCCCCGAGUGCCCUGCAAAUCCGGUAUUAUUCCUAAUAUAGAUCUAACCAAAUGGGCGGAAUUUCCAACUGAACACACGUUUCCACUGAACGACAUUUUAGGAAAAUAGUAUUAAAUAGUUUAGUUUUAAGUGUACAGAUGCCAUUGUACUAUUUAAAUUAUUAUAAUAUUACUCACCUAUAA